UGUCCAACUCGAUAUCGGUCACCACAGUCCAUGAACACCAAGCAGAAGCGGCGAGAGCCGUAUCCAUGAGGCUCGAUGCCGAGGGCUUCAAGCACGUCUUCAUUGGGGGCUUCGCUUGCGCCGUCCUCGGAAGUACGAGGCCUACAGAGGAUAUUGAUAUCCUUAUAGAGACCGAAGGCCGUAGCAUCAUAGAAUUGCGCAACCGGAUGGUGGACCUCGACGAAAGACUCGCGAGGUCCGGCAUGAAGUUGUACUUUGUGCGGAAAAUGCCUGCCUCGCCGCAAUCAUCGCAAUCCACGCAAGACGGCGCGGCUGACGAUAUAGUCAAGAACAGCCGCGGCAAUGUCUUGGUCGAGACGGUCGCCGCCGGGACCCUCGGUCUGCCCAUCAUUGCUGGCCCCGUCUACCAAGACGAGAAUUACAAACUCAAGAUUCUUCAUCCUUCGGUCUUGCCGCUCACCAAGCUCGGGCGCUGGACAAGAAUGCGCGGUCGCACGCGCCCGAAGUCCCAGCUCAAAUUCCGCACUGACGAACAGGAUAUCAUGCUUCUGAUUCACCUUCUCGCGGACCUCAACUUAAAGCUCGGAAUCGCGGAUUACGAAGGCAAAACGAGGGCAGAGAUCUUGCGCCUCGUCUCCACCUUCCACGAUAGCUUCAAGGAGGACGAAGACUUCUGCGCGGUGCUUCAGAAAGUCAUGCAUGCGGACGACUGGGAGGAGAUGUUGACGACCCCUCCGUUCGAGGUAGAAUCUGAGAUUGCGCCUACCGAUUAGGUGGCUCCUGGGUUGAUGGGAAUACCCUCGGCUUUGCAGCAAAAGUAAUUUAUCUGUAGUUAUUGGUCUCUGUGUUACACCUGCUUUCAUCUCUUCGUGCUAUGAACUGCUUUCUUCGUUGGUGACACCC